UACCGGGCGCGUCCGGUGUCCCCUCCGCCAACUGCGGCCCGGAGCGAGUCUCCCGGGAGCGGCUGCGGUCUCCGUGAAGCCCUCCUGGCCCUCAGCUGCCCCUCCCCGGCCUCAGGAAGCUUCCGAGCCGCACGUGUCUCCCUAGUGCGAAACGGUUGGAUAUAGCGGAAUGUUCGUCUUUGCACGUUUAAAAGCCAUCCCAUAGGGAAGCCUGCAGAAUGACUGUCUAGUCCUCGGCCACAAGAUUGGACCUGGAGAUUGUCCAUCCUGGGAAAAAUGCUCAGGAACUUGUGCUGUCCCGAAGAAAUGGGCAAAACAGGCCAGUUAAAGCGGGUUGCGCCCUCUCCCAGUCCUCCGCCUCACAACCCAGUGUCCUUCCUGCUGCACUCUAAAUGUCCCUAAAGGCAGGCGUCCUCCGGUUUUUUAUGCUCACUAAAAUUUCUUGGCUUUUUUGCAAAAGAAGGUCAAAGCUUAAUUUUUCUUCAGUGAACAAGCUUGCAGAUUAAGACUGAUGUCACUCCAAGAAGUAAACAAGCGUGCAGUCCUCCCUCCCAUCGUUAGUAGAAGUGACAAGGAGUUUUUGGAGAGCAUGCGAAGAUACAUAAUUACAGAAACCAAAAGAGUGGGCUGCAAUGAGGAAGGACCUGCUGAUGAGUAUUACACCAUAUACCGAAAUGUUUUUGACAAGGUAAUAGACUAUGUCAAUGCAUACAAGUCCAUUCUUACUUCAAUCAAAAAAGAAUAUGAUGCCUUUAUUGAGACAAUAAAGAAAGGCCGAAAAACUGCUUUUUAUCUUCACGGAAAACUUAAAGUUUUGGCAGCAGAGCCCACAUCGUUGGUAUAUCACCAUAGAAGAGCCAUCCAACUUGAAGCAAAAGUGAGGCUUAUUGAAAAUAAUUCCACAGACAUUCAGUUGCAGAUAGAUGAGAUGAAACAGAUGAGAGCAGAGUAUGACAAGAAAGAAGUAAAGGUCUGUGCUUCUACCAGGCAGCUCUGGAGACCCAUCCCAGGGAUGACUCUUCAAGAAUCUGUCAAUCUGGAUGCUCUCAACAAAUAUAAGCAGCAUCUUGAAGAUAAAUAUAUAAAACGUAAGCAAGAUAUGUCAACAGAGUAUGUACCAGCCCAGAAGAAGGCUGACCUGGAUGAGGAGAUGGCUGUGCUACUGCAACGCAGAGAUGCCGCUGAGAGUCUGAACAGAGACCUGCAGUUUCGCCAUCAAAGACUGCAGGUUAUUUCACACACACUUACUACAUGGAUGAAGCAUGACAUGAGAAUCCCAUUCCAAGAUGUUAUGGAGAAAAUUCAGAAAACCAAAGCAAUCUAUGGUGAUGAAAGCAUUGUUGAUGAGCUAUUUGAAGAUGACCCAAGCAAGACAAAAGAAGCUAUAAUUAUGCUUUACUACAUUGAAAGGUUCAAUGAAUUAAUCUCCCUUGGUGAAUAUGAGAAGGCAGCUUGUUUUGCAGCAAAUAGUCCAAGAAGAAUUCUUCAAAAUAUCGGUACAAUGAAUAAAUUUAAGGCUAUUGGAAAAAUUAGAGGAAAGCCUUUCCCAUUACUCUUGUUUUUUGAAGCUAUAUUUAGCAGGAGUCAGGCUUUCAAACGUCCUAUUAAUGCUGACCUAACUCUGGAGGGAAUCAAAUGUGGACUAUCUGAAAAACGACUUGAUUUAGUUACCCACUGGGUCACCCAGGAAAAGCUGACAUUUUCUGAGAAGGCUGGGGAUAUUAUUUUUGCUUAUGGCGAGCAGAACACAUACCAAAAGCCCAGCUGCUUGGCUUUAGCACAGAUUAUCUACAAUGAAUGUGGUCUACACAAGAAAGCUCUUCUUUGCCUGUGUAAACAGGGUCAGAUUCAUGAGGCUGUGGAACAUAUACAACAGUUCAAGGACUGUACACCUGGCAGGAUGAUCACAAGUUUGAGGCCAAUCUGGUAUAUAUAAGUUCCAGACCACUCUGGGAUACAUAGCAAGACACUACAUCAAAAACCAAAACUCAGAGCAGUGUGAAACAGCAGCGAGAAGGACCCCUGAACGACCAAACCAGCGCACCGCACCGCUGCAUCCCUGCAUUCAGCGCCACCGCCGCCACCAUGCCCAAAAGAAAGGCUGAAGGGGAUACUAAAAGAUAGAGCCAAGGUGGAGGACAAUCCACAGAGAAGAUCUGCAAGGUUGUCUGCUAAACUUGCUCCUCCAAAGCCAGAGCCAAAGCCCCUGCAAAGAAGGGAGAGAAGGUACCCAAGGGAAGAAGGGGAAAGCAGAUGCUGGCAGGGAUGCAAAUAACCCUGCAGAAAAUGGAGAUGCAAAACAGACCAGACACAAAAAGCUGAAGGUGCUGGAGAUGCCAAGUGAAAGUGGUGAAAGUGUGUGCAUUUUUGAUAACUAUGUACUUCUGGUGACUGUACAGUUUGAAAUACUAUCUUUUAUCAAGUUUUGUAAAAAUGCAGAAUUUUACAGCCUCCAAAACAAUACAGAGAAACCCUGUCUCGAAAAGCAAAACAAAACAAAAAUCAGAAUUUUGUUUUACUUUUUUUUUAAGCUAUGUUGUUAGCACACAGAACACUUCAUUGUUUUGGGGGAGAAGGAACAUGUGUCACUAACAGAAUGUCUUCUAAGCUGGAUUGAUGAUAGUGAUGGAAAACAUCUUAUUGAUGAUAGUGAUGGAAAAAAAACAUCUUUCCCUGACAAUUCAGAAAGUCUCCUCUUGGCUCAGGAGAGACAUCCUGGUGUUGGCACAGAAUACCUUGUGUGGGAAAACCCUAAAUUCAUUUUUAUAUCCUCUUCCCCCUGUACCAUCUACAUAGACUUAACUCCCUUAAAACCAGAGACUUGUUGGAACCUGCCCCCCUACAAUUGGUUCUGCUGGUCUAUUGGGCAGUCGACUUUGCGGUGAAAAUGAUAUCCUCAAAAGAGCAGCUUAUAUACAAGAUUGUGGUUCUUCAGAUUGAUAUAUCUGCUGUUUUUAUUUAGUUUCCUGAAAGUCAGGGUAGGCUUGUGAAAAGUUGUUAAACAACAUCCUUAAUGUGAAAUGUCAACUCUCACUCUAAGCUCUUUGCCUUUUCAAAGCAUUGAAUAAAGACCAGGUUUUAUAGUG